UGUCAGCAGUCUAUUACCAGUACCUAAUGAUCCACUAUUUAUUCAUAGUGUAUCAAAAUCUCUCCUAGUUACGAGAGUAGUGACAUUAGAACGAGAGAUUUCAGUAGAAAAACUGAGAGUGAGAGUUUGGAUCAAAGAUUCAGCGGAAAUCCCAACUUUCUUCCUGCAUAUAUAUAUCUGCUUGCAUGAAACAUAUCAGAACCUUUAUCUUCAAUGGAAACAGAAGGGCUUGAAACUGUACAUACCGGCCUUGGAGGCAAUGCUGUUGUGCCUGAGGGUGGAAGUUUUUUGGAACCACCCUCGAUUGCCAAGGUUUCAGGAGAAGAAAUCUUCAGAAAACAGAUCGAUCAAGUACCAUGCCUGGUAGAAAAGAAUGAGAGACGGGCGCACGAAGAUGAGGGUUUUGACACUACAGAAGAGGGGGAAACUAAGGAGAUUGCGGAAAAGGAAAAACAAGUUGAUGAUGUUACUGGAACCAUUUUACAGAUGGAUAAGAUUGAAGGACCAUGCGUAAACAUUGAAGAAGAGGAGAAAAUAGUCAAACAUGUUGAAGCAAUGGAAGAUGGGGAGGCUGAAGUUGAAGGUAAACCAAAGAGUAUCGAGAAGGAAAUUGGCGGCCCAGAGAAAUAUGAGGAAGGAGAAAUGAAGAUAGAAGAGAGUGUUGAACUUGAAACUAGCAAUGAAGUGAGCUCAUUUGAGCCAGGCUUCAGUCAGGGAAAAGAAGCUCUGAGUCAAACCGCUGAUGCGGCAGUCAACAACCUGGACAAUCCUGAAACAGUCAAAGAAGUUUGCCAGGAGAAAGAAAUCAAAGACAGUGGCACGGGUGAUGGAACUAUAAAUGAACAGCGGAUAGAAGAAGAAAGAAAAGGAGAGAAAUCAGGGAGUUGCUCUAGUUUCUUGGAUGACAAGGGUACUGAUGUGGUCAAAGCCAUUGAAAAGACAGAAAAUGAGAAAGAGGGCACCACAUGCGAUACAAUUGGAGGGGGAACCUAUAUAGUAGAAGCAGGCAUAGACAUUCAGAAUGAAAAAGAAACAACUCCUGGAACUGGACAAGGUAUGCAGGACAAACGGAAUACAGAAGACAUCGCGACUGUCACUCAUAAAACACAAGAGACAGAAGAAAUGUACUCUCAGCAAGUAGACAAGCCUGACGAAUGCAUGGUCUCAGAAUCUGAAUCAGAGGAAAUUGUCAAUAAGAGUCCACAAGGAGAAGGUCAAAAUCUUAUCCUUGAGAAAACAGCUGAAGUUGACAGCAGUGAAGGUGAAAAUAUUAAGGAUGGGAUGAAUCCUGAACAAAAGCCUGAUGGUUUGUUUGUGAAACAUGAGGAGAACAAGCAAAGCAUACAUCAGGAUCUGGCUAUGACAGAAGAAUCAACAGAGGAAAACAGAGACAUGGAGACUCCUACUGUGAUAGCAGCUGAAAACAACACAAGUGAUGCGGUACCUAUUACCAUUACUACUGCUCAUGAUCAUUCUGUGAUAGAAGAUGACAAAAUCAUGGAUGUAGUAGCCAAUAUUGUUCCAGAGCAUAGCAAAGAGGAGAUGUCUAAGUACGAGGAUAAGAUCAAGGAAACUUUUGCACAGCAAGAUGAAGCAGUAAAUGAGAAGAUUGAAAAUUCCUUGGCAUUGAUAUCUGGGGAGAUAGAUACAGCGACUUCAAGUGAAUGCUCUGAAGCAAUUGCAUCUGCUAAAGAGGAGACACCCAUCAAAAUCCCAGGAGAAAGCUUUGAGGAUAAGAAGGAAGAGAAACCAAUUGAUGCCGAUGCUGUCGUAGACAGUGGGCUUCCAAUAGAAAAGAGUCUUCUACCAACGGACUUGAAUGAGAAGAUUGAAGACGCAGGACUUGAGCUUCAAUACAAGAAUUCCAGUGAGUUGCACUUAAGUCAUUCGUUGGAACAAGAAACAAUACCAGUACAAGACGAAAAACAGCCAAAACUCUCUGAUUUUGAACCUCAAGAACAAGAUCAUGAAGAAAAUGGACCAUCUAAAGAGUUGGAAAAACAUGCUGAAGAUGCCUCUGAAGCAUGUGAAAGCAUGCAGAACACCAGUUUAGAGAAUCCGUCUGCCGAAGGGGCAAUGACAACAGAAGUGAACGCAAAAGCAAAUGAAAUGGCUGUUGAGAAGGAGGAAAAGAUCCAUGAAUUGGAAUCCGAGGAAAAGUUAGCGAUCGAUGAUGCUGGGACUAACUUGGAAGAGGAGAUGCAAAAGAAGGAAGAAGCCCAUGAUGAACAGGCAUAUCAAAUGGCAACAAGUGAUAAAAUUGAAGAAGUAACCUCAGAUGAAGUUUGCAGUAGAGAAUUUGUUGACAAAAACGUAGAGCGCAGUGUUCAAGCAGCAGCUUUUCAGGAGGCAGAAACACCAUCAAAAAACGGAGUUGGAGAGAAUUACGAAAUGAGUAGCAUAGUAAACGAAGAGGUGAUUGAUGAACCUAAUAUCACAGACAUUGGAGAGGUCAUUGAUGAAGAGAAAAUUAAAGAUGAUGCAACACACCUUUCAUCAGAACUAGUCUUUGAUGAAAAGUUAGUUGAGAGCUCCCAAGACAAUGAAACAGAGGCAGAGAUGUCAAAAGGAGAUGGCGUUGAAGAACAGAUGAUGAAAGACGACAAUGCUAAGGUCAUCUUACAAGAAUCUAUUCAAGAAGCCUCGGUUAAUGACUUCCAAAAUGAUUUGAAGAAUGCUGAAAAGUCCAGCAGAGAGAUGUCUGAAGUGUCCGAGGCGGAAGAAAAGGAUGAGACAAACAAUAAUGAUGAAAGCCCCGACUUAACUCUACAGGCUUCACUACUAAAAGAACGGGAAAGUUUGCAAACUGAAAAUCUUACUGCAGAAGCAGAGGAAAAAGAUGAAGACGGAUCUUCUAUCAGAAAGGAUGAAGAUGAAAACAAUGAUGAUGGGCUAAAAGAGGUUAAGGAGUGUAGUGAGAAAGAGACAUUGAAAGGUGAAGAAGAUGUAGAACAAAUAUCGCCAAUGAAAGAGCCAGGAGAAAAUCUUGAAAGUUCAGCUAGCAUGAUAUCUGCAGAAACCGAGGAAGUUGAUUUGAAUAAAACGACUCAGAAAACUGAGGAAGAGAUGGAUGAGGGUAUUGAAGGCGUCAAAAAGGAGGCAGAAACUCGAAAAGAAGAUGGCGAGGAACAGGUCAUUGAUGAGAACGACGCUAAAAGCAUCCCAGUAGAAUCUAUCAAGGAAGUUACAAUUAGCGAACUGCCGAAUGAUGAAAAUAAUGCCGAGGAGUUCAAAAGAGAGAUUUCUGAGGAAUCUGUGGCAGCUGGAACAAAUGAGAGUAUUGCAGAUGCGACGUAUCAGAAUGAUGGAACAACCCCCAAUGCAGCUCUUGAAACUUCGACAGCGAAAGAGACAUUGAAAGAUGAAGAAGAUGUAGAACAAAUAUCGCCAAUGAAUGAACCAGGAGAAAAUCUUGAAAGUUCAGCUAGCAUGAUAUCUGCGGAAACCGAGGAAGUUGAUUUGAAUAAAACGACUCAGAAAACUGAGGAAGAGAUGGAUGAGGGUGUUGAAGGCGUCAAAAAGGAGGCAGAAACUGGAAAAGAAGAUGGCGAGGAACAGGUCAUUGAUGAGAACGACGCUAAAAGCAUCCCAGUAGAAUCUAUCAAGGAAGUUACAAUUAGCGAACUGCCGAAUGAUGAAAAUAAUGCCGAGGAGUUCAAAAGAGAGAUUUCUGAGGAAUCUGUGGCAGCUGGAACAAAUGAGAUUAUUCCAGAUGAGACGUAUCAGAAUGAUGGAACAACCCCCAAUGCAGCUCUUGAAACUUCGACAGCGAAAGAGACAUUGAAAGAUGAAGAAGAUGUAGAACAAAUAUUGUCAAUGAAUGAGCCAGGAGAAAAUAUUGAAAGUUCAGCUAGCAUGAUAUCUGCAGAAACCGAGGAAGUUGAUUUGAAUAAAACGACUCAGAAAACUGCGGAAGAGAUGGAUGAGGGUGUUGAGGGAGUCAGAAAGGAGGCAGAAACUGGAAAAGAAGAUGGCGAGGAACAGGUCAUUGAUGAGAACGACGCUAAAAGCAUCCCAGUAGAAUCUAUCAAGGAAGUUCCAGUUAGCAAACUGCUGAAUGAUGAAAAUAAUGCUGAGGAGUUCAAAAGAGAGAUUUCUGAGGAAUCUGUGGCAGCUGGAACAAAUGAGAUUAUUACAGAUGCGACGUAUCAGAAUGAUGGAACAACCCCCAAUGCAGCUCUCGAAACUUCGACAGCGAAGGAGACAUUGAAAGAUGAAGAAGAUGUAGAACAAAUAUCGUCAAUGAAUGAGCCAGGAGAAAAUAUUGAAAGUUCAGCUAGCAUGAUAUCUGCGGAAACCGAGGAAGUUGCUUUGAAUAAAACGACUCAGAAAACUGAGGAAGAGAUGGAUGAGGGUGUUGAAGGCGUCAGAAAGGAGGCAGAAACUGGAAAAGAAGAUGGCGAGGAACAGGUCAUUGAUGAGAGCGAUGCUAAAAGCAUCCCAGUAGAAUCUAUCAAGGAAGUUCCAGUUAGCAAACUGCUGAAUGAUGAAAAUAAUGUUGAGGAGUUCAAAAGAGAGAUUUCUGAGGAAUCUUUGGCAACUGGAACAAAUGAGAGUAUUAUAGAUGCAACGUAUCGGAAUGAUGGAAGCCCCGACGCAGCCCUUGAAACUUCAACAGUGAAACAAGUGGAAAUUGUGCAGGGUGAGGGUAAGGACACAAUUCCAGCAGAAGCUUCGCCAGAAGAGGAGGAAGAACAUGAUCGGGCUAGAGGGUUUAAAAGGGUUGGAGAUAAUUCCAGAGAAAUCAAGCUGGAGGAGGAUCUAGAGAAGAGUGACGAGGAAACAUCCAAAAAAAUUGAUGAAACAAAUACGAAUGAUGAAGACUGCAGCUCAAGUCUUACCAUUUCCGUGGAUAAAAUAGAUGAAAGUUUCGAGGGUGAGGAUAAGAACAUCACUACAGCUAAGGCUUCAACACAUGAUGAAAAAGAAGAGCAUGGAUCUUUGGACAGAGCAGACGAUGGAAAUGAUAGCAAUCCUGACCUAACUGUGACUAACCUGGACAGCGCAAGGGAAGCAUCGAAGGUCCAAGAAGAUUCUGAACAAGAAUUGCAGAGAAUUGAACCAGGAGAACCUGAAGAGCCAUCAACUGUAAUGGCUGCUGAAACUGAGGCAGGCACUUUGAGUGACAAGAUUGAUGAUGUUACAAGCCAGGAAGAAGUCGUCACAGUCCCAAACAUUGAAGAAACCGUAGAGAAAGAAAAGAAAGAAGAGCAUGGAUCUUUGGACAAAGCAGGUGAAGGUAAUGAUAGCAAUCCUGACCUAAUUGUUACUAACCAUGACAGCGCAAGGGAAGCAUUGAAGGUCCAAGAAGAUUCUGAACAAGAAUUGCAAAGAAUUGAACCAGGAGAACCUGAAGAGUCAUCAAUUGUUAUGGCUGCUGAAACUGAGGCAGGCACUUUGAGUGACAAGAUUGAUGAUGUUACAAGGCUGGAAGAAGUUGUCACAGUCCCAAACAUUGAAGAAACCGUAGAGAAAGAAAAGAAGGAAGAGCAUGGACCUUUAGACAGAGCAGAUGACGAAAAUGAUAGCAAUCCUGACCUAACUGUGACUAACCAGGACAGCGCAAGGGAAGCAUCCAAGGUCCAGGAAGAUUCUGAACAAGAAUUGCAGAGAAUUGAACCAGGAGAACCUGAAGAGUCAUUAACUGUUAUGGCUGCUGAAACUGAGGUGGGCACUUUGAGUGACAAGAUUGAUGAUGUUACGAGCCAGGAAGAAGCGGUCAACAUCCAAAACAUUGCAGAAACCGUAGAGAAAGAAAAGAAAAAAGAGCAUGGACCUUUGGACAGAGCAGAUGAUGGAAACGAUAGCAAUCCUGACCUAACUGUGACUAACCUGGACAGCGCAAGGGUAGCAUCGAAGGUCCAAGAAGAUUCUAAACAAGAACUGCAGAGAAUUGAACCAGGAGAACCUGAAGAGUCAUCAACUGUUAUGGCUGCUGAAACUGAGGCGGACACUUUGAGUGACAAGAUUGAUGAUAUUACAAGCCAGGAAGAAGUUGUCACCAACCAAAACAUUGAAGAAACCAUUGAGAAAGAAAAGAAAGAAGGAAGUGAAGAUAUAGAUGUGACCCAAGUUAAAAGAGCUGUAAUGGAGGAGGAUCUCAAAUUAGUUGCAGAAGCAUCUGAUGCAAACAAAAGCGUGGAGAAUGAUGCGGAGGAUGAAAAUAUUAUAUCAGGUGGAAAAGAAGUUGAAACAGUCGGAAAGAAAUUUGAAUUGGACUCCAUACAGAAGCUGGAGGUUGAAGAGAAGAGGGAGAAUACAGAAGAGGAAACAAAGAAUGAAGACGUCAAAGAGGUAUGUGGAGAUACCAAGCUUGGCAGCUUGAGUGUGGAUGCUGAAAAACACGUCACAACUGAAGAACACGCCAAUACAGAUAUCUCACCACAAACCACUGGAGAAAAAACAGCUGAGGAAAAAGCAAAAACUGUAAAGGAGAUGGAAGAAUCAGUGAUAACCAGUGUAGAUGAGGACGCUGAGAAAAAGGUUCCAGAGGAGGAAAGUGCUAUUAAUGACCAGUCUAGGAUUAUAUACAAAGGUGACGAAUCAGGAAUGUUGGUAGAACAAGAGGUACAUGAGAUUAUUCAAACAGCUGAGUAUGGGGAUAUUGGAAAACAAGGUAGUGUUAUUAAGGACAGCUAUGAGUUACCUCUAAGCAGCACAAAUGAAGAGAAUCCUCUACACAAGGAAACAGAAGAUGAAAGUGAUAAAGUAAAGCCAUACGAAGAGGUUAAGGACUCAAAAUCUGAAUUCACUGAACCGUUUGAAGCCAGAGGUUCAGUGGACAGGCAAGAAUUUGAGACCUUAAGGGGCAAACAAGGACCAAAUAGUGACAUCUACCUUGUAAAAGCAUCUGAAGGAGUUUCAGAAAAAGAAAGCAAUAAAGGCCCCAUUGAAAUCUCCUACUUAGAGUCUGAGAGUAAAGGAGAAAUCUUGGAAGAAGUUCAGCCUGAUGUUAAUGAUUCUAGCUCAGAACUUACAACAGGAAUUACAAGAGAAACGAGCUUUAAGGAAGCUGAACCAGAAGAUAGAAGGCAAAUAGAGAGUUUCGAACCAGCUCCUCAAGAGAAGGGACCAGUGACAGAGAGCACGGAAAGAACUACACUGGAAAGUGUGGAUAUUGAUGCCAAACCAGAGGAUUCCAACUUUAUUGAGAAUGAGGACCAUGGGAUUCCAGCAGCCAGUGAAGCAGAAGAGCUAGAGAAUGAAAUGCAUGAGGAAACUCCAAUAACAGGAAGCGAAGAUUACAAAGAGGAGACCACUAAUGAGACAUCUCAAGGUGAUGUUUUAGAUGAUAAGCAGGUGGAAUGCUCUACAAUGCUACCUAAAGAACCUGAGCUCAUGACCAAUGAAGGAAACAAGGCAACAGAUGAGAAUUCAACAACAUAUGAAAACAUAGAAACUCCCCAGAAUCCACAGGAAAUAGAAAUCAUUUUAAAGGAAGAUAUGCCCAUCAAUGCAAGAGAUGCCUCUAAAUCAGUGGAUCCUAGAAUAGAAAGUAUAAAGGAAGAAGUUGGGUCUUACCAAUUCGACAGUCUGAACGAGCAUCAUGAGCUAGACAAUGAAAAACAAGAAGGCGUAGACAUCUCAAAAUCAUCAGAAGUAAGAGACCUAGCCAAUCAGGGAGAGAUUUGCAAGCUGAUGAAUUUGGAAGAUGAGUAUUCAACAAAUGAAGGAGAUGAGGCAUUAAAGUGUAUUGAAGCAACCAGUGCAGAAAGAAAAGAGGCUAUCCUGGAAGAAGAUAACUCUACUAAGAAAUAUGAAGAUAGCUUAGCAGAUAAUGUUGAAGCAAACAAAGCAGCAUUUGAGCUCGAAGAAGGAACCAACAACCAAGAGCAGGCUAUUGGCACCAAAGACUAUGGAGUUCUAGCAGAAGAGAAUUUUGAAGUAUCUGAAUCUGGUAAGAAGCUUGAAGGUGUCUCUGAAUCUGAGACUGGAGAUCAAAGCAGCCAAAAGAUCCCUGAGACAGAUCCAGGUAAAGUUGAGAACAUUACUGAAAUUCAGAAUAAGAGUUUGAAAUCUGUAGAACAAAGUUCCCUAGAAUCCCAAGAAGUUCGAGAGGAGACAGGUGAGAAAACAGAGCCGAGAUUUGAGACUGAAGGUGAUGUCAAGGAAACACAAAACACAGAUGAGACUGUAAAGGAUGUCUUGUUAACUGAAGAGGUACACGAAAAAGUUGACAAAGCUGGUAAUGAAACUCUCAAAUGCACGGAAAAGGAUGUAAAUGACACCCUGGAACCUGGUGCUAAAUCCACUGAAGAUGAAAGGGUUCAUGAGGUAAAAGAAUCCAGCCUUAUAGCUGAGGAAUGCCAUGAAGCAACAGAGUCUAAUGAACAAGCAGCAAUUAUGAACUCAGACUUUCAAGAGACACCAACCAUGGAGGAGAUGUCACUUGGAAAAGCAAUAAAUGAUGAAGAUAAUGGGAUGACUGCUGUUCUCUCUACCACCAAACCAGCUGAAGAGUCAAAUGAAAUGAUAAAGAUUAUAAAGGAAGAAGAUAGUUGUUGUGACAAGAUCAAGGCAACAACUAUGGUAGAGAUAACAAAGACUAGCUUGGAAGAAGCUCAGCUGGAUGAAAAGCCGGUACAAGUAUCUAAUAUUACCUCAAAUGAUGGCGUUUCUCUUGAAAUUGAAGCUGAAGCAUGCCAACAAGAAAAAAUCAAAGAUAACAUGGGACUUGAGUUACCCUCAAACUUGGCAUCUCCAAUUCCAAUUGAUGAUCACGAUAACAUAAUGAGGGAGCAGGUAGUCAAAGAAAGCGCAGAUGCAGAUGAUGUUCAAGAAAAUGAAAGAGCUUCUGAUGUAGCGUAUGAAUCCAAAGAUCAUGGUACUGAAGAGCUGUUCACAAGCAAAAUUAAAGAGGAAAAUGAGAAAUCCUCAGAAAUAGUUGAAUCUCUAGGUGUUGAAGCAGCAGCAAAUGAAAUUGCUAUUGACCAGAAUCCCCCAGAAGUUGUAUCAAAAGAAGAGCAAGGAAUUUCAGCAACAACUGAAAGAAGGGAAGAAAAUAUGAAGGAUGUGGAGUUGCUGGAAGAUGAUUUGAGAAACACAGAAGAGGUGCCCUUGCAAAAGGAUGAUUGUAGGGAACGUGACAUCUCUCAAUUAGAGCUUCAAUCCAAUAAAGAUAUACAGAAUCAGAGUCCAAAGGAGGUACUACAAGAAGAAUGUGAAACUCCUGAUGAAACUAAAGAAGAAAUCAAGGAAGGUUCAAAAUUAGUAUCCAUUACUAAUUCUCAAGGUUUUGAAGCACUAAAAGAAGAUGAGAGUACUUCAGGUCAGAUUGUCCCGCAAGAGAAAUUAAAAGAGCAAAAUCAGAUGCUGGCAGCGGCAUUACUUUCUAAGGAAAAGGAUUGUGGGAAUGAAAUGAUUAUUGAGAACAUUGAAGAGUGUGUGCAAGUGGAAAUACCAACCGAUCCACAAAAUUAUUCUCCAACAAAGAUAAAAGAAGAUACAUGCUUGCAUAAAGAAGAGACCAACAAGCUUGAAGUCUCAGGAUUUGGGGUUGAACUCAACACAGGCAUGCAGAAUGAUAGAGUGAAUGAAAUCCAAGUAGAAGAAAGUAAGAGCCCGGAUGAUGCCUCAAAAUUACAGACACCAGAAUAUGAAACAAGCAAAGAAGCUUUUGAAUCUAUGUCAGAAGCUCAUGGCCACAAAGGCUUCACUGCAUCAGAAGAAACUGAAAUCGAAGAAAAGCAUCUAGAGGUAGCAAUAACUGAUUUGGCAGCAGAAGAGGAUCGGAGUGAGAAAAUAAUUGAUGCAGCUGAAAUCAUACAUGAUGAGGUAAUAGAAGAAGGAACAUUUGAAAGAACCUCCAAUCUCAAGCCUGAGUUAAGCAAAGAAGCAUUCAAAUCUAUUUCAGAAGUGCAUGGACAUGAAGCUCUCGCUGAAUCAGAAGUUACUGAAAUCAAAGAAAAGCAUCCUGAGGUAACAGUAACUGAUAUGGCUGCAGAGGAAAAUCAGAGUGAGAGAACGAUUGACGCUACUGAAAUCAUACACGAUAAACUCAAAAGUGAAGAGCUAACCAAGAGGGAAAACCAACAGAUCAUGGAGGAAAAGGAAGGUGCCAAAAAUGGUGACCUAGUAACCCUUGUUGAAGAAACAACUAAAGAGUGUCAGGAAAAGCAUGAGCUGAAGGCUGAGGAAAGUCUAGGAGAUGAGGGAACACACAAAGACAUUCAAAAUGAAGAGUUAUACAAGGAAGUUGAAAAGGCUGAUGGAGAUGAAAAGCAGAUGGAUACUGAAAGAAUCAUUGAGCACCUUCACCUAGCUGCUGCUGACAAUGAGACUAUGAAGGAGUCCUUUCUGGAUGAAGCAGGAUCGGAGUUGCACGUUGAAAAUCAGAUCUGUGAGACAGCUUUUGGAAAUGAUGGCAGAACAGAAGCUGCAAAUGUAAAAGAAGAGGAAAUGGAUGUAGAGAUAUCACAAAAAGAAGUCCCCACGGAUCUUGUAGAAGCCAAUGAAGCCACCCGAGACAUUCAUGAGGAGGAGGAAACCUCUAAAACCACUACCGAGCACAUUGAAGAGCAUGUUAAAGAAGUGGAAAUAGAAGUUGAUGAACAUCCUUCUGCACCAAAGACAACAGAAAACACAUGCUCGCAAAAAGAAGAGACUAAAGAGCAGGAAGUAUGUGGUUCGGGAGUUGAAUGCAGCACAGACAUGCAGAAGAACGGUUCAAAUGAAUUCAAAGAGGAAGAAGGCAGGACACCAGAUGAAGAUUCAACACUACAGCCUCGAGGAUACGAAAACAAGAUAAAAGAUAAAGAAUAUCUACCAGAAAGUAACAAGAUGACAGAAAUAACAGAAACAGGAGCAUUUGAAAAAACCUCCGAUCUCAGGGCUGAGACAAGUGAAGAGGCUUUCAAAUCUGUGUCAGAAGUUCAUGAACACGAAGUUCUCGCUGAGUCAGAACAUGCUGAAAUAAAAAAAGAAAAGCAUACAGUGGCUGCAUUAACUGAUUUGGUGGCAAGGGAAAAUCAGAAUAAGAAAACAAUUGAUGCAACUGAAGUCGUGCAUGAUGAACUCACAAAUGAAGAGGAACAGCUGACCAAGCAGGACAAACAACAGUUCAAGGAGGAAAAAGAAGAUACCAAGGAUUGUAAUCCAAUAAACCUUGGCGAAGAAACAACUAAAGAAAGCCGCCAAAUAUAUGAUCUGAAGGCUGAAAAAAGUCAGGAAGACAAGAUGGAAAAUGAAAUUCAGAAUGAAGAGGUAAGCAACGAGAGUGGCGAAUACCUUCACCAAACUGCUGUCGAGAUCAACGAGAACUUUCCAGAUGAAGCAUUGGUAGAGAAUGCUGAGGAUAUGGGAACUAAGCUGCAGGUUGAAAACCAUAGCGAUGAGAAAAUUUCUGCAUGUGACAGAACAGAAGCCACAACAAUAACAAACGAGGAAUUUGGCACAGAGAUAUCAGAAAAGGAAAGCCUCCAAGCUCCUGCAGAAGCCUAUGAAACCACACUAGACAUUCAUCAGGGAGAGAGAGACUGUGAUUCAACUUCUGAAAAGCCAAUUCCAAUAGAAGCAGAACCCCAAGAAACCACAGAGAGGAAGAAAGAUGCUCCACAAGUGCUGCUGCAGGAGCCGAUUGUUGAAGCCACGCAGGGUGCUGGAGUAGGAGAAUCGGAACCUGGAAAAGCUACAGGAAUCGUUGAUGCACAAGGAUUCGAGCACAAAGCAGAGAGAAGUAUUGGUGAGGAGAAUAUAAGAGGGAAUGAUGAAGGUACGUCAGCAAAGACUUCUUUAUUUGACAUGAUGCAGAGCUCCACAAGAGAAAGGCAAGUGGGGGGAGACCUGACAGAAGAAACAAGAGCGGAAGGAGAGAAGACAAAAUCAAACGAAGAAAAGGAGGAGGAGGAGGAGGAGGAGGAGGAGGAAGGAGAGGAACACAAAAAGACAGACUCAGGCUCCGAUGCUCCAGUCAUGGUAGAAGCAUCUAGGGAUAUAGUAGAUGUGAAGGUUGCAAGCAAAAAGCACUAUAAUAUACUAUCAGGUGUUGGAUCAAAAGUGAAGAACUCAAUUUCUAAGGUGAAGAAAGCCAUUACAGGCAAGUCUUCUCAUCCAAAACAACAUUCACCAAAAGGAAGCACAAGCAAGACAUAGCAUGGUUUACUUUCGGAAAUAUGUUCAAGGUUCAGGUGUGGGAGCUUUUGUAUAUACAGGAGUUUAUGUUUUCAGAUUCUGGGAAUUUUAAUGUUGUGAGCUUUUGAGAUACAACUCGAAUGUUUGUAGUAGAAGUACAUGAAAAUCUCUGGUUUGAUGUCA